UGCAGGGGCUAGUAGCUCGCACGAUGGUGGCGAUGGUGGCGAUGGUGGCGCUUGCAGGAGAAGGAGAAGCCUUCCAAGGCCUUCACGGGCUCCAUGGCAAGACCAUGAAGCCGCUCGAGAAGUGUUCUCUCGUCCAGCCCCUGCCUAGCAGGGUCAAGUCAAGGAGCAGAAACCAACGACAGAAGCAGUCCGUCAGCAUGUCUUCCUUGUUUUCCAACUACAAUGCAGGAGGCCGUGAGAAAGGAGAGAACGCCUAUGGCAAAGACCCCAACAUUCUCAGUCCGGAGCUGCGACAGGCUCUAGAGAAGUCAGGGAUACUGAAAGAUGGUCGAUGGCUUACGGAAGAAGAGAUGGAAAUAGAAUACAAGAAAACCAACCCUGAAUGGACACCAGCUGCUUGGCCCUUGGGAUCGCCUGACGUCGGUCACAUGAGUGCGGCUGAUUUCCUCGACAACCCAACAGUGGGAGGGUCGCCGGAGCCAUGGCCCAUGGGUGUACCUCGCGUGCUCUGCAUCGGCGAGAUGCUCGUCGACUGCAUCGCCGAGUCGGCGGAGGUGAAGAUGGGAGACCCAGCAGACAAGUGGACGAAGUUUGCGGGAGGAGCUCCUGCCAACGUUGCCUGUGCCCUGGCCAAGUUGGGAACACCUUCAGGCUUCAUUGGAACGAUCGGAGACGACGAGGAUGGAGAGAUGCUGAGAAGAACUCUUGAGGAAUGCAAAGUGCCGCUGUGCUUGACGCAGACAGGGAAAGGGAAGCCGACGAGGAAAGUCUUUGUCACACGAGACAAGCAGGGCGAUAGAAAGUUUGAAGGCUUCGAACUUGGCGAUGUCGAGAACUAUGCAGACUGCUUUCUCAAGGAGGAAGAGCUCGAUGGCACCUGGUUCUAUGCAAGCGACUGUGUCGUCACAGGGACGCUAUCCCUGGCGUACGAGGAGACUAGAAAGACGCUCAUGACGCUCAAAGACCUUUGCGAGACCCUCGAAAUCCUCCGCGUCGUCGACGUGAACUGGCGGCCAAUGUUCUGGAAACAAGAUGAGGAUGAGGCGAAGAAGAUCAUCCUUGACUAUGUCCAAGGGGCUCACAUAGUGAAGAUGACAGAGGAGGAGGCAAGCUGGUUGCUGGGAUUGAGCAGAGAGGAGGUGAGGACGAAGCCGUUCUCUGCCCUGAAGCUGCUUCCCUCCUGCGUCUGCGUGCUCAUCACGGCAGGGGAGGAAGGAGUCUCUUACGCCUUCAACAAGCAUGGCGGUCGGAUGCCUGCGUUCGAAGUUCCGGUGCUCGACACGACAGGAGCCGGCGACGCCUUCGUUGCUGGCUUCCUACACAAACUGUUGGAAUUGACAGACGCCUGGCAAGAUGAAUACGUGGACAUGGACAUGGACAAGCUUCUUCCUCGCCCUCAUUACGUUCCCUCGAUACGCGUCGCCAAGGCCUGCGAGGACAGGAACCUUGCAGCUGAGGCUGUGCUCUAUGGCGCUGCUGCAGGAGCGAUGACAUGCAUGGAGGAGGGAGCGAUCCAAGCACAACCGUCCGCACGACUUGUGAACAAAUUCUACCAGGUCUACUCCGAUGACAUAGAGAUCACAGAGGAGGAAAGAGAUUUUCAGCUCCCUGACUUUGGCUCCGGCAUCAAGUGGACGUACAGCCCUUAGCAAGGCUGGCAGCUUGUCAGAUUCUCGUCGCGUCGCUCCUCCUCACCUUGAGCUUCAGCGAUCGUCGCACUAUCGCCACCAUCGCCUCCGGGAAGUUCUUCUCCACGGUACUCGAGAGCUCCAGUGCCUCUCCCCUGUCCUUGGGUCAGAGAAAGGGAGAGGAGAGGUGGGAAUAGAGGAGAACAAGGAGAGGAGGAUAAUGACUUGUCAAUGAGCUUGUUGAUCAUCUCGG